AUGCUGACUUGGUUCAGUGCCCGGCAAUGGGCCGCGGCGUCGGCGCUUUUGGUCUUCGUGGGCUAUGAAAUCUGGAGCCACAAACGCACGGGCAACCGGCGGCUCACGCUUCUCCGGCCCAAGACAAAGGGCGUGGCCUCGCUCAUCGGGAACACGCCCAUGGUCGAAAUCGAGUCGCUCUCGAAACUCACCGGAUGCAAGAUCUACGCCAAGUUGGAGCUCAUGAAUCCCGCGGGCUCCGCCAAGGACCGCGUGGCGCUAGCCAUCAUCAGAGAAAACGAGCGCUUGGGCAAGUUGAGGCCGCAUAACGGGGACAUCAUCUACGAGGGCACUUCGGGCUCCACGGGGAUAUCGUUCACCGUGCUUGCCAAUGCGCUCGGAUACAUCGCACACAUCUGUCUUCCGUCGGACACGUCGCCCGAAAAAAUACAGCUCUUGCGCUCCUUGGGAGCGGAAGUCGAGCCCGUCAAGCCUGCCCCCAUCGUAGACCCCAAGCAGUACACGAAUGCGGCGAGAAGAGGGGCCCAGGAAGUGAACGAGGACAUAUCGAACGGCAAGAACGCCAUUUUCGCGGACCAGUUCGAGAACGACUUCAACUGGCGCAUCCACUACACCACUACCGGGCCGGAGAUCUGGGAGCAGGUGGACCACGACCUAGACUACUUCGUCACAGGUUCGGGCACCGGCGGCACCAUUGCGGGCGUGUCCAAGUACCUCAAGCAGCAGAGCAGCAAGGUGCAGGUGGUGCUUGCCGACCCCCAAGGCUCGGGCUUGGCGAACAGAAUCAAUUACGGCGUUAUGUACGAUUCCGUGGAGAAAGAGGGCGGCCGUAGAAGACACCAGGUCGACACCAUGGUGGAGGGCAUCGGCUUGAACCGCCUCACGUGGAACUUCCAACAAGGCGAGAACAACAUCGACGAGGCCAUCCGAGUGACAGAUGACCAGGCGGUGAAAAUGGCCAAGUUCUUGUGUGUCAACGACGGGCUCUUCUGGGGCCUGUCUGCCGCGGUGAAUUGCGUGGCGGCUGUCCAACUUGCAUUGAAGCAAGGACCCGGUAAGAAAAUCGUCGUCAUCGCGUGCGACUCGGGCGACAGGCACCUUCUGAAAUUCUGGAAGUCCGCAGCCGACGUGCCUGCCACGGUGUCGUUGCACGACAUUGUGCAAUAG